AGUAAACUGUGAUUUUCUGUAUUUUGUCUGAGUGAAAACUAUGUCAUCACCGGUAAUAGAAGUAAACAGUAGAAACCAAAAUGGCGGACAGUGAUCUACUUCUAUGAUGGAUUAAAAUGAGUUUUUGUUAAUAUAUAUGGGCCAGUGAGAAGGGAGGUUACCAGGAAUGGGCCAUGAUAGAAUUGCAGGGGACCUUGGAGACACGCAACCCUAUACCCUUCAGUGGAAGAUUCAUUGGAGACUUACAUUUCACACACAAGGACGUCCCAAUCCUGAUCAUCGGGCACCACAUCCUCUACGGAAAGGUUGUGACCUUGGAGAAGCCCUAUGGCAUACUGGUCAAAGACGCUGAGGUCACAGACAGAGCCCCCGGGGCGGGGCAGACCAGCUACACCAUUAGAGCAGUGAUCAGGAAGAAACUGCUGUUCAAGACCAGGCCUAAGCCUAUCAUUGCCAAUGUUCCUAAGAAGGUGUGAUGGGGCUGGUUCAUGAAUUGUCAUGCAAAAUUUGACAUCUUUUGUUGAAUGACAUGUUUCUGAUAUAGCGGCGAAUUUGAAUUAAUUAUCUGAUUUCCGAAAUAUUUAAAUAUCAAUUGCAUGGAUAUAGAAAUAGUUGUUUGUAUGGUCACAAUUUUUUGAACUUUUUGAAGUGUUUCCGUAUGAUGAUAAUACUAGUAAAAACUGACAUUACAGUCCUAUAGUCCUAGUGUAAGCCAGUUGUAAUUAAUAAUCUCAAGAUCACUUGGGCAGAAAGUGGCCAUAGAUUGUCAUGUGUCUGCUGUCUUCAGUUAUUGGUCAUCAACGAGUUGACUUGAACAACUUUUACUCCAAAACUGCUGUGCAGGUUCUCUUGAAACUCCUUAGCAAUGAUGCUUCAGUGACUUUCUUUCAAAGUUGACAAAAUCCUUCUUGUCUGAGAUAAUGUAGGGUUCAAGGGCUAAAAUAUCAUGGAAACUUCAAAAGGCUUCUCCUCUGAAACCCAAUGGCUCAUAGGUUAAAUAUUUGGUCUAGACACGUAAAGCAAAAUAGCUAAAAAUCUUUACUAAAAAACAACAAUGCCAAGAGGUGUAAUAUUUGUCAUGGUACCUUGUAUCAUAGUGCUCUACCAAAUUUGGUCAAAUCCUGACCAGUGUGGUCAUAUUUUGCCCUGUUCUUGUUGUAACUUGUUUACCUUUUAUUAUGCCCCCCUUCGGAGAAGAGGGGGUAUAUUGCUUUGCUCAUGUCGGUUGGUCGGUCUGUCGGUCAGUCUGUCGGUCCAUCCAUCAGGUGGUUGUCAGACGAUAACUCAAGAACGCUUGGGCCUAGGAUCAUGAAACUUCAUAGGUACAUUGAUCAUGACUCGCAGAUGACCCCUAUUGAUUUUGAGGUCACUAGGUCAAAGGUCAAGGUCACGGUGACCCGAAAUAGUAAAAUGGUUUCCGGAUGAUAACUCAAGAAUGCUUAGGCCUAGGAUCAUGAAACUUGAUAGGUAGAUUGAUCAUGACUCGCAGAUGACCCCUAUUGAUUUUCAGGUCAAAGGUCAAGGUCACAGUGACCCGAAAUAGUAAAAUGGUUUCCGGAUGAUAACUCAAGAACGCUUAGGCCUAGGAUCAUGAAACUUGAUAGGUAGAUUGAUCAAGACUCGCAGAUGACCCCUAUUGAUUUUCAGGUCACUAGGUCAAAGGUCACGAUGACCCGUAAUAGUAAAAUGGUUUCCGGAUGAUAACUGAAGAACGCUUAUUCCUAGGAUCAUGAAACUUGAUAGGUAGAUUGAUCAUGACUCGCAGAUGACCCCUAUUGAUUUUCAGGUCACUAGGUCAAAGGUCAAGGUCACUAUGACCCGAAAUAGUAAAAUGGUGUCCGGAUGAUAACUCAAGAACGCUUAUGGCUAGGAUCAUGAAACUUCAUGGGUACAUUGAUCACGACUGGCAGAUGACCCCUGUUGAUUUUCAGGUCACUAGGUCAAAGGUCAAGGCUACAGUGACAAAAAACAUAUUCACACAAUGGCUGUCACUACAACGGAGAGCCCAUUUGGGGUGCAUGCAUGUUUUACAAACAGCCCUUGUUUAUAUAUAAAAACAUUUAAAUAUCUCCCAAACUAACAUGCUGCGUGUGAUAACUACUAGCAUGUAUUUGGUUUUAGCAUCAAGGAAUGCUCCUCUACAAAGAUUGUUCAUAUAAUGUACCUGAGAUCAAACUGGUCGUGUCCAGUAAAGUCACAUUGUAACUCGAGAAUUGACAUGAAAGAUAUUCUGCAUCAAUUACUCAUACAUUGCCAGUAGGUACCCAUCCAAUUGUUAAAUUCCUGUAAAAUCAGAUAUACCAUUUUUAGCUCGACUAUAAUAUAUGAAAUAUAUUUAGUGGAGCUAUCCUACUCACCCCGGUGUUAGCGUUAGUGUUAGCGUGCAAAUGUUAAAGUUUUCGUACUACCCCAAUUAUUUUCAUUGUCCCUUGACAUAUUGCUUUCAUAUUUUGCAUACUUGUUAACCAACAUGACCCCAACCUAUUAACAUGAGCAGACAAACUAUAUUAUGUGAUAAUUAUGGCCCCUUUUCCACUUACAAUAUGCAGAAAAUGUAAAAGUUUUCGUACUACCCCAAAUAUUUUCAUUGUCCCUUGACAUAUUGCUUUCAUAAUUUGCAUACUUGUUUACCAACAUCACCCCAACC